AUUAAAUCACUGAUAUAUUCCAAAUAAAGAAUAUGAUAAUUAAUUCAGUCCUCGAAUUUGAACAAAUAGAACUGCGGGAGACAGUCCCUUUAUUAGGAUAAUUUGGUUCUCAAAGUUUAGAAGUUUCACAGCCAACCAAGUUGUAGAUGUCAUAAAGAUGCAAACAGGUGAUGACAGAACAGAUCAGGAACAUCUGCUCCGUAGCAGUUCUCCUGAUGAGACAAGAGAGGCCAAAACUGUGUCGAGAUCAGACGAACAAUCUAUGUCCAACACAGGGAGUAACAGACAGCAAUCUCGUUAUCGAAGUAACCAAGCAUGGGUUUCACUUUCCGUUCUUGUUGAUGAGAGAAGAAACGAUGGUCGUCUAAUGACGAAUUUCGAUGAAGAUGAACCCCAUACACCUUUCGAUGCUGCAAAUAGAAACGCUGUAGCCGCAGAAGGUAUCACCCAUGAUUUAAAAAGACAAUUGUAUCUGUUAAUGGAAGAUCCUUCUAGUAGUCGUGCUGCUUUUUGGGCCAAUGUAGUGGUAUCAGUAUUGAUUGUUUUUAGUGCCAUUAUGACUACAGUCGAAACUAUACCUGCAUUUCGAUCCGCUGAGAGCAAUAAAGUGUGGUUCCAUCUAGAAACCGUCAUGGUGUCUAUAUUCUCUUUAGAAUAUCUAUUGAGAAUGUUUGCGCACUCUGAUUCAAUUUCGAUGCUUGGAAAUUUUUUUAUAUCACCACUUUCUAUAAUCGACUUUAUAUCGAUCGUACCCUUUUACAUUGAACUUAUAGCCAAACGAGAUACCACAUACGAAUUUAGAUAUUUGAUAUUACGACUAUUUCGAUUGCUCCGUCUAUUUAAAUCUUACAAGUACACAAAUACUAUUGUUAUGACCAUUGAGGUCAUGGUGAUUGCAUUUCGUCGCUCACGCGAUGCGUUGUACGCAUUGUUCUUCUUCUUAAUCACCUGUGUCGUAUUGUUCUCAACAUUAUUGUAUUUUGCCGAAAGGGGUACAUGGGACGAUAAUCUCCAAACUUUUAUUGACCCCAGCGGAAAUCCAAGUUAUUUUGAUAGUAUUCCUGCAACAUUUUGGUUCGUCAUUGUUACCAUCACCACCACUGGUUAUGGCGAUAUUGUUCCAGCAACCUUUAUUGGGAAAUUAGUUACGUUCCCGGCUAUGGUUUUUGGGGUUCUGUUAAUUGCCUUGCCCUCCAUCAUCAUGGGAAGACAUUUUACGAUUGUCUGGGAAGCAAUGAGAAGACGUCAAUAUCAUAAUUCAAACAGCGAAGUUGGUGAUUUUCAAAAUAGUGUUUUUCCUGACCAAACAAUUGGCCAACAAGACCCAGUGAAUCAUACCAUCUUAAUGGAGCUCGAAAGAAUCAUGAAUAUUGCGAUUAAUACAAAAAAAAAAUUACGAGAAUUGGAAUUAAAAUAUGAUAUUGCUCAGCAGUAGCUUACAAAGUAACACGAUCUAAAAUUAGAGUUUGUAAAUAGAGAAAUUAGCCGAAAGUGACACUUUUUACGAAGAACUGGAGCAAAGAGAAUGUCUUUCACUUCUUAUAUUUCUUUUGUUUAUCAAUCAUGUAUUGGAUUUGAACCAUGUUAUGGGUUUUUAAAUUUGCGGUAUUUAAAUGGGGCUUAUGAUGCACCCAUAUCAAGUUAUUUGCGGGAAAAUGGAAGAAAAUAUUAGCCUUUUUAUCAAAAGGUCAUGUGUUUAUUUAAAAUGGAUACAUUUGAAGUAAAAUCCGGGGGGAAAGUAUAACUAGGAACAUAAUAGCCAGUAAAAUUUGAAUAAC